AUGGCGAUGGUAACUGGUGAGAUCUCUGCCGCCGGGAUGACGGCCGUUCUUGGAGCCCUCGACUCCGGCGCGUCUGCAGAGGAGGUGAGCCGCGUAGUGGCGGAGAUCGACAGGGACGGAGACGGCUUCGUUGAUCUUCAGGAGUUCGCCGACUUCCACCGGAAGGCGCUGGAAUGCGACGAGGGAAGUGCUAACAAGGAACUGCGCGACGCUUUCGAUGUUUAUGAUCGCGAUGGCAGUGGAUUCAUUUCGGCGAUGGAGUUACAUACGGUUUUGAAGAGUCUUGGAGAGAAGUGCUCGCUCAAGGACUGUAGUCAGAUGAUUGGUUCCGUGGACAUGGACGGCGACGGUUGCGUUAAUUUCGAGGAGUUCCAGAAGAUGCUGAAGCCUUGAACCAGGGCCGGAAUCAUCAUGUACAUGUUGAAGACGGUAGAUCUGGACCGUAGUUUGAAUCUUGAUUAUGCAUUUGUUCAUAUUAGGCCUCUUUCUUCUCGGAGAUAGGUACUGUUGACUCCACCGGUUGAGCUUAUUGGGCAGCAAGCAGUCCCACGGAGCAGUUGAAUGACACUACCGGUUCUGAAUCAAACUUUUGACCAAUUAAACGUACGUUCUAGAUUCAUAAAAUCAUCGUUUUUAUAGUAAAUGUUUUGGUCUCUGAUCAUGACCUCAACCUUAUUACUUUCUUCA